AUGCAGCGUGCGAGUGAGUUAAACUAUAGACAAAAAUCCUCAAUAUCUUUUGUUAACAGUGGCGACCCUCCAUUCAUUCGGCAAAUCAAGGAGAAGCUUGGAUAUGUGGUACCUGCAACAAUCGAUGACAAGGUUGGAAUUUGUUUUUUCGCAAAAUCCUCAUGCUUUAUUUAUCCAGAAUCGAAAUUUUCACUGAAGGAAAAAGUUCUGCAAGAGAAAAGAAGUUCUGAAAUACUAAGGAAUAAAACAUUUUGGGGCCAAAUCAUAAUUUUUUUCGGUGAUCAGGGUCGGAUACUUCUUUUUGAUUAUGGCUGUACAUUAUUCCCAGGUCGCUGUGCCAAUUUGCGAACAAUAUUUAGAUUGGUUGAGAUUAUUUAUUAG